AUGUCCAGCGAGAAGGUGUUGUACACGGCAGGUAACACGACACAGAUUCUGGAGACGGCAACGGGGGCGGUGACCACGCUGCCGGGGACCAACAGCGGCGGAGUGGCAGCUAUUGCUCCGCAUCCUUCGCACAAGUGGUUUGCAGUGGCGGAAAAGGGCGAGAAGCCGAACAUCCUGAUCUACGAGUUUCCGUCGCUGAAGGUAGUCAAGGUGCUGGAGGGUGGGACGGAGAAGGCGUACUCGUGCAUGGCGUUCUCGACGUCCGGGACCAAGCUCGCGUCGGUUGGCUCGUAUCCCGACUACAUGCUCACAGUGUGGGCAUGGGAGGAGGGACGGACGAUUCUGCGGCUCAAGGCGUUCUCGCAAGACGUGUUCCACGUUGCGUUUGCACCCAACUCGGACGGCGCGCUCGUCACCGCCGGCAUGGGCCACAUCAAGUUCUGGGAGAUGGCACGGACGUUUACUGGGCUCAAGCUCAAGGGCACCAUUGGCAAGUUUGGCAAGAUCCAGCUCUCGGACGUCUCGGCCUUUGUCACCCUCCCCAACGAAAAGGUCAUCUCCGGAACCGAGACCGGUCAUUUGCUGGUGUGGGACGGCAACUUUAUUCAGUUCCAGCUGUUCCGCGCGACUGACGUGCCGUGCCACGACGGGCCUGUCGAGCAUCUCUCGCUCAUUGCCGAUGCCACCGUUCUGGUCUCUGCCGGCAUGGACGGCUACAUCCGGCACUGGGACGUUGCGUCGAUUGUCAAUGCUCCUGUCUCGGACUCGUACGCGCUUGUCCUACAUCCUGUGCUCGAGCACGGGCUCGGGCCGUCGGCCGCGAUCCGCACCCUCAUCCACGAUGCGUUCCAGCCGCGGUCAUGGGUACUAGACGCGUCCGGCGCUCUGGUCGCCGUCCCGCACGCCGAGGACUUUUCCUCGUACGACAAGUCGCGGCUAGUCGCCUCGUUCCACGCCGGUCCGCUGGCUGCAGCGGCAGCGUCGCCGGUCCACGGCCUGGUGGCGGUUGGCGGCGACGACGGUGUCCUGGCCGCGUAUGCGGUCCGCGACAAAGAGCGGAUCGCAACGUACCACUGUGCGGCGGCGGUGACCGAAAUCAGUUGGCUGCCUGUUGCGGUCGACGCCAGCGCGCGGACUGUGGUGGCGGGCACUACCGCCGGAACCGUCUCGCUGCUACAGCUCUGCCGCGGCGAGUUUGUGCGACUUGCACAUGCCAAGCCGCACACCUCGGCGGUAACGGCGCUUGCGGUUGCGCCGGCCGGCCCGCAACUCCUAGCCUCGGCCUCAACCGACGGCUCGGUCUUCUUUUUCAAGCUCUCGGCGACUGGACUCGACCUGAUCGGCUUUGUCACCGCACCAGCGCCAGUGACUUGGAUGGCUUGGGCGCCAACGGCAGGCUACGUCGUCAUGUACACGGCGUCGGGCCACUUUGCAACCUGCCCGUCGCCGGCUGUUCUUCCGGAAUCGGCCUCGUUUCCAGACUUUGUGCUCCCGCUCCCGGUCCGGACCGUUAGUGCACCGGCAGAGCUCCUCACCGCCGCAAAGCAGGAGGUGCUCGACGAGCUCGCGGCCGAGGAGGCGGCCAAGGCGGCGGCCGAGGCAGCAGCAGCACGGGCGGCGGCGCUCGCCGACGACCCCGACGCCGACCCUGACGCGCUCCUUGCUGCUGAGGCCGAGGCCGAGGCCGAAGCCGAGGAGGAUCCUCUCUCGCUGCGGAUCAACGACCGCGGUGAGGUCAUUCUUCCGACCAUGGAGGAAUGGCUGGCGGCCAAGCGGGCGCAGGAGGCUGCCGAGCGAGGCGAGGCGCCGCCGCCAGUGGCCUCGGCGCCCGGCUCGCCACGGCAGGCGAUGGCACCCGACUCGCCAGCGUCGGCAAGCUCCGACGUUGUCGACAAUGCCGACGGGCCUGGUCCGAGCAGCCUCGACGAGUCAGGCGUGAUGGGUGCACCGGGCUAUGCCAAGGCACUCUCGGUCAUUCUCCGUGCUGCACUGGUCUUGCGCGACGGCUCUCUUCUGGCAGCAUUCUCUGGCGACGCCGCAGGCUAUCUGUACGAACUCACACUGCCGGCGGCGGCGACAUCGUUUGGCGACGCCGACGCACUGGUGGCCGAAUUUCAGGCCCAAAUCGAUGCUUCAGCGCCCGACCCGCUGGAAGUCCUGCUUGCUGGCGCAGAGGAGAUUCCGCGCCCGACAGCGGUCCUGCUCCCUGCUGGUGUAGUGAGUGUUGGCAAGCUGGUAGAGUUCCACGCCGGGAGCGAGGUCUCGUGUUUGGAACGGUCGCCAUCGGGUCACUUUCUCAUUUCUGGUGGAUCAGACGGCUCGGUCAGGGUCACGCCGUAUGCUUCGGGCGAGCUGGGUGCAUUCUCGGCACUGUACGCACACGACGCGGCGCGCGGCCCGGUCGCGGCUGUGGUGGUCACACACGACGAGGCGACCCUCUGCUCGGUUGCGCCUGACGGAACACUUGCGGUUGUCGACUCCAAGUACGGAGUCGCAUCGGUGGCGCUUCCGGACCUGGUCCCGGCCGAGGUGGCGGUCGCCAGCGGCGCGGAAGCUGCGGUGGACGAGAGUCAAGUCGCAGUCGGCGCCGACAAUGGCGACGAGCCGGAGCAGUAUUCAGUGUACGAGCAAAAGCUCAAGCGCGAGCAGGCUGCCGCCGAGGCCGCCGCCGAGGUGAAGAAGGCCAAGGUUCGCGAUCAGGUGGCGCACAUGAAGGUGCUCUACGACGCGCUGCUAGAAGAGAACCACUCGGCACCGCCGGACGAGCAGCUGGAGCGUGCGGCGUUUCAGCUCGACCCCAAGCUUGCCGACCGGCUGGCGGCCGCCAACGCUGAUAAGCUUGAGCUUGCACAGAAGUUGCUCGAGUGGGACUCGCGGCGGAAGCGGCUGCUGCUAGCCAAGCUCCGGGCACGGUUUAUCGACCCGAUCGAGACGCACCGUAUUGUGGUGACCGCGCUCGACGACAACUUUGUUGUCUCCACCUUCCGCACCUGCGUCCCGCAACCCGGCAUGGACGAGGCUGUGGCCGAGGCACGGGCAUUUGCCGAGGCGCGGGCGGCGGCGGCGGCCGAAGCCGAGAGCGCUCUCGCGCUUCAGACAAGCGAGACUACCGUCAGCAACAAGACACUCGACGGCGAGUCGGACCGCGGCGAUGGUUCGAGCCAGGCGUCGGGCUCGACCGGGCUCCCGCGGAUCAAGCGCGGCGGAGUUCUCGGGCCUGCAGUUCCGCUCAAGUCCAAGCUCGAGCUGCGGCGAGCCAAAAUCGAGGCCCGCGAACGGGCGCGGGCAGCGCUGAUGGCGAAGCGGCCCAAGCCCGGGUUCGUCGACCCGGAGACGCAGGCGGCGAUUGACAAUGCGUCAGCGACGCUCGGUGACUACAAGCUCAAGUCAUCGCCAGACUACGUGGUGCCGGAGCACGAACGGGUCAACGCCACGUCAAAAGGUCACGAGAUGGUCUUGCUUGCCGCCGAGAUCCUGGAGCGCAAGCGGGCUUUCAACACGUCGCUGCUGGCGGCGCGUGAGACCAAGGCCAAGCUCAUCGAGCAGGUCCGGGCUCACACUGCGCGGCUGGUGGAGAUCGACGAGGCGCUCGGCGAGCAUGGAGAGUACUUUCGUCCUGCGCCUGUCAACGACGCCGAGUACCCAUGGCAGGUUCUCGAGCUCGCAGAGUCGGACGAGCUGCUCCAGCGGCAGCAAGAGCACUCGCUCGUCUCCAAGGAGGCCGCAGCGCUCGGCCGGCAGCGGCUGGCAGGUUCUGCAUCGCAGCUAGGCAUGGACAUCGAGGCGACGGGCGCAAGCCUCGACGCCGUCCUUGACCUGGUCACCUUUAAGCCGCCGUUGCAGGCGCAGAGCGGCAACUCGGAGGCUGCCGGGGCCACAUCGAUCGUGCAUUCACUGCCGAACUUGGGCGUGCCGGCCGAGGCUGUCCUUGCAUUGGACACGCCGCAGGGAGCGGUGAUCCGGGCGAGCCGAGCCGAGCCGGUGACGGCGCCGGUGUGUGGGCCUGUGGUCCACGGCGUGGUGGCGAGCGCUGGACGGGUCGAUGCUGUGCCGGUUUACGCGCUUGCGCUGGCCGAGUCCGGAGCCGGGCCAAGCACGGCGGUGGCGCGGACCAAGGUCCGCGGCUCGGACCUUGAGCAGCGAUUCGAGUCGGCCAAGCUCCGGAUGGAAAAGCAGGCGCUUCUGGAAGAUGACAUGCGUGCGGUGCGUCAGUUUGACGCCUUGCUCGCCUCGCUUCGGGCGCAAAAGUUUGAGCUCGAGGGUGUGCUCAAGAUGGCGCAGAUGAAGAUGAUUGUGCUCUACCAGGAGCUUCUGCUGCUGAAGGAGUUCGAUAAGCGUGACCGCGAGCUGUCGGCGAUCCUAGAGGCAAAGCUCGCGGAGCAGGCCAAGAUCCACGACAAGAUUGUGGCGUGCACGGCGGCGCUCGACGAGAAGGAAGCGCAGCUGCUCGCCAUGCCGUCGGACGACGAGUGGACUGCCAAGUUUGAUGCGCUUCUAGAGUCAGCGCCGGCGUCUAUCUACGACGCGCUGUGGAAGAUCUUCUGCCGCAAUGUGCGUCGGCGGAAGCGGGCGACCGGCGGCGACCGUGACCGAGGCGACCGCGGCGGGCGCUCCGAGGCGUCCGACUCGGACUCAGACUACGAGUCAGACUACGAGUCCGAGUCAGGCUCGGGCAGCGAGUCGGACGACGGCGAGGACGUUAUGCCGCCGCGGUGCGAGCCGGUGCUUUUUGACGCAGUCCUCGCCCUCCGGGCGGAGCGCCUCGAGUCGCAGGACGCGGUAGGCGCCAUCAUGGAGGAGCGCGACCGCAUUGCGGCGUCAGCAAAGUCGCUAGCCAAGGCCAAGGACGCCGACUCGGGCCUGAGCGCAGCGCGCGAGGCGAUUGACGCCUUUCAGCGCGAGAAACAGAGCCAGCUCAACGAGCUCGACAUCACGGUCUCGCUCCAGCUCGACCAGAUCUACUACGUCCACGACGGCCGGCUGCCGCACGACCUCGACGACGCGCUGGUUUUCUCCGAGGCAACGCUCGCCAAGCUGCAAGCAAGGUCAGGCGAGCUCCGCGGCGAACUGCGCGAGCUCGAUGAGAAGAAGCGGUCGCUCGAGAAGUUGCUUGCCAAGCUGGUGAAGGAGAAGAAGGCCAAGCGCGAGGAGCGCGAGGAGCUGGCCGCGCGAGCAGAAGACGUCCAGAUGCUCAAGUUUGGCAAGCUCAUCGACCUCGACCACGUCCUGGAAAUGUCGGUGAACAAGUCGGCGGACGAGCUCAAAGCGCUCCUCCGCGCCGCAGACUCGAAGCGCAUCGCCGAGCUCAUGCGCGCCGACGAGGCGCUGCGCCGGGCCAAGGACGAGCUGGCAGCAGCCACCGCCGCCAACACGGCCCGUCUCACCCGCCUCACUACCCUCAUGGCCGAGCAGCAGCAGCUGGAGCGGACGCUCAACGUGACCCAGCAACAUUUGCAGGUCGCCGAGUUCUCCAACGUCCAUCGCAAGCGCGAGCGCGACGAGGUCAACUCGCUCCGCCGUCGCAUCCGCAACCAGGAGGCCGAAGCCGCCAAGCUCCGCAGCGAAAUCCGGACGCUCUCGCUCAAGUGAAACAUAAGCCAACCACGCGCACAAAGCACCCGUAGUCGAUCCUUUAUCCAGCCUCAGUCGACGUCUGGGAUGAGCGAGUAGCGGUAGCCCUUGUAGCCCAUCCACGCACCGUACGCCACAUACGAGUAGUAUGAGCCAGGGAUGAAGAGCAGCGAGCCGA